AUGGUAAACCCAAAGAAAAUAGAGGUAGUGGAGAAAUGGCCAAGGCCAACCUCUGUGAUGGAGAUUCAUAGCUUUUUAGGUUUGGCAAUAUAUUAUAGGUGGUUUGUCAAGGAUUUCUCUAGACUUGCAACACCACCGACUAGAUUGACUCAAAAGAAUGUGAAGUUUCAAUGGAAUGAUGCUUGUGAGAAGAGCUUUGGAAAACUCAAAAGUUAUCUUACUUCAGCUCCCAUACUUAGCUUACCACAGGGAGUAGGUGUAUAUAUAGUUUAUUAUGAUGCCUCACGUGUUAGUUCAGGAUGUGUGUUAAUGCAACAUGGCAAGGUCAUAGCUUAUGCCUCUAGACAGUUGAAAAAGCAUGAGCAAAACUAUCCUAUUAAUGUUAUAAUGGCACACUUUCAGGUUAGGCCUAUGAUACUUGAUCUCAUUAAGGAAGCCCAAGACAAAGAUGAAUGGGUGACCAAUGCUUUAAAUGAUGAUCUUAGAAGGGAGAUUCUUAAGGAAGCACAUUUGUUGGCUUAUGUAGUACAUUUCGAAUCCACCAAGAUAUACCAUGAUUUAAAUAAGGUAUAUUGGUGGGAAAGUAUCAAGAAGGAUGUAGCCAAGUUCAUAGCUAAGUGCCUAGUAUGCCAACAAGUUAAAGUGAACCUUCAGAGGCCCGUAGGUUUGCAACAGCCCUUACCCAUUCUUGAGUGGAAGUGGGAGCACAUAUUUAUGGAUUUUGUGACAAGGUUACCUCACACUAGUCAAGGGUAUGAUUCCAUAUGGUUCAUCAUAGACAGCUUGACCAAGUCCAUUCAUUUCUUACUAGUGAAGGUUACCUAUGGGAGGCCCAAUAUGCGAGGUUAUAUACUGAAGAGAUAG